AGAGUUCCUAGGAAAGGUUAAACUGAGCAGCGCUGCUUCCGAUACGGAGAAAACCGGUCUUCCGGUGCGUGGCGGAGCCCUUCGCUCGCGCCGUGACGCGAGGCCACUUCGUGAUUGGCUGGGGCGGGGCUCCGGCCGCAGCCGCGGGAGGUCCAGACGUGGGCGGCCGUGGGGUUUACAGGUAGCAAAUGACACGCAUCUGGAUGGGGCUGCUGGCAGACUGAUGCCUAACCCUUCCCAGAAUGGCCUGUAGAACAGAAGCUGAGCCCAGCCGGCGUCCGCUAGAUGCACUGGCCUGCACUAGCACUGAGGAAUGUCCCACUGCUCCAACUGGAAGCCAUUCCGUUUGCAUGGUGUCUGACUUUUUCUACCCCAACAUGGGAGGCGUGGAAAGCCACAUUUACCAGCUCUCUCAGUGCCUGAUCGAACGAGGGCACAAGGUCAUAAUCAUCACCCAUGCUUAUGGAAAUCGGAAAGGUGUCCGUUACCUCACCAAUGGCCUCAAAGUCUAUUACUUGCCUCUGAAAGUCAUGUACAACCAGUCGACAGCCACGACCCUCUUCCACAGUCUGCCCCUGCUCAGGUACAUAUUUGUUCGGGAGAGGAUCAGUAUAAUCCACGCCCACAGCUCGUUUUCUGCCAUGGCCCAUGAUGCCCUUUUUCACGGCAAAACCAUGGGGCUUCAGACAGUCUUCACGGACCAUUCCCUGUUUGGAUUUGCUGAUGUCAGCUCGGUGCUAACCAAUAAGCUUCUGACCGUGUCUCUCUGCGACACAAACCACAUCAUCUGCGUCUCCUACACAAGCAAGGAGAACACCGUACUCAGAGCCGCGCUGAACCCAGAGAUCGUGUCUGUCAUUCCGAAUGCUGUAGAUCCUACCGACUUUACUCCAGACCCGCGUCAAAGGAAAAAAGACAUGGUGACGAUUGUGGUCAUCAGCAGGCUUGUUUACAGAAAAGGGACUGACUUGCUUUGUGGCAUAAUCCCUGAGCUCUGUCUGAAAUAUCCAGAUUUGAACUUCAUAAUUGGAGGAGAAGGACCAAAGAGAAUCAUUUUGGAAGAAGUGCGGGAAAGAUACCAGCUACAUGACAGGGUGCGUCUCUUGGGAGCUUUAGAACACAAGGAUGUUCGUAACGUCUUGGUUCAAGGACAUAUUUUUCUUAAUACCUCCCUUACCGAAGCAUUUUGCAUGGCGAUUGUGGAAGCAGCCAGUUGUGGUUUACAGGUUGUGAGUACCCGGGUUGGUGGAAUUCCUGAGGUACUGCCAGAAAGUCUCAUUAUUUUAUGUGAGCCUUCCGUAAAAUCCUUAUGUCAAGGACUGGAAAAGGCCAUUGCCCAACUGAAGUCGGGAGAACUGCCCACCCCAGAGAAGAUCCAUGGCGUCGUCAAGACUUUCUACACCUGGAGGAAUGUUGCGGAGAGAACCGAAAAAGUGUAUGACCGGGUGAUUGGCGAAGCUGUGUUAUCCAUAGACCAAAGACUGGAUCGACUCAUGUCUCACUGUGGUUCAGUAACCGGCUGUAUUUUUGCCUUGCUGGCAGUCUUCAACAUCCUCUUCCUCAUUUUUCUGCGGUGGAUCACCCCAGAUUCCCUCAUUGAUGUCGCAGUAGAUGCCUCAGGGCCCCUGAGUUCCUGGCCUCUUCCCCAGUGUUCUCCCAGGGACAAAAUGAACCCGCAUAGCAACGAGGAUUCUGAAACCUGAUUGAAGGAGGCCGGGCAGUACCUUUUGGAAGAUGGGCGAUAGUUUUAUGGAGACUAUUGCAAAUAAGUUUAGUUGUUGUUAAAGUUAAUUUAGUACGUUAUGCUACCUCUUUUAUCAUUCAGCAUUUUAUUUUGAGGAGAGGGGAAAAUGUGUGCAAACCCCGAGUGUAGAAACUCCUUGCACUUGUUUCAGAUGUGAGAGAGCGUUGAUGCUGCUCAGGUAUGCAACUUCUCAGACCACUGAAACAGCCCGAGAGCCGAGAGGUUUGCACACUCUGUCUGGGGAACUUUGGGUGCUGAAGGGCCAAACGUUUUCUGGGUCUCUUUUGGCCCGUUUUUAAUGUUACACCAUUCAUUAGAGAUUCACCAAGUGUUUACAAGUUUUUUUAGGGAGCUACAAGAGGUCUCUGAGUAUAUAAGUCCCGUUCUUAAGUCUACUGGGGAUACUCCACCAACAUCUCAUACAACCAGCAGGUUUCUCUCAUGAGAUGGUCCGUUCAUUAUCAGCAUCUUCAGAGCACCUACUCUAUUAGAUUGUUAAGCUGGAUACUUGCUGCUGGUUAAGGGCCUGAGGGGCAGUCAGCCCCUCUUUGCUUGGUACUCAAAUGGCUGACUUCGUGGCAGCAACCCUUGCCAUGCCCUGGUGUAAAUAGCCGCCAUGCCCCUUGUGGCUGGACCUGUCUGAGCACUUUGUUGAUCCGACUGUACAGGUUUGCCUAGGGAGAAGCCUUUGUCUUCAGCUUUCUUUCGGAGACUUUUUACGUUGGACACACUAAGGACCGCUAUCACUGUUGAGGAUCGGGCAGAGAAACUCCACACCUUCCAGUGCAUGAGUUCGUGUUCUGUAACUGCCUUCUUGCAUUCUGAGAAGAAUGUACAAGAUGUGCCAUCCCCGAGUCAGCUGCUACCCCCACACCUUGGCGCCAAGUCGCUCUCCCCUUCCUUCACUUGUGGCCUCGCUGAUGUCGCCAAGUAUUGUUGUGUCUAAAGUCUCACCCGGCGUUGACCCUUGUAGAACAUGGUUUCUCCCUGCGGGUGAUUGUUGUUAUUUAUGCAGUGACGGUUGCCCAGAGCCAUGGGUUUUUGAACCCUACAUUUGUUAGCCACGCAGUCUGUAUGACUCAUUCUUGGAGUGCUUUUCGAUUCUGUUGUGUUGCUAUUAAGACUGGAAGGACGAAGCACUUGUGGGUGGACGAGGUGAAUUCUGUCAGUAUUGUGAGUUUCUUAAUGUUAGCAUUCCCAAAACUUCUUGAACGUAUCUUUAACAUGACUGUGAACAGUUGCCACUGAAAAAACGAAAUUGUAUUUUGUGUGUAUACAAACAACUUAUAGAAUCUAGAAAUUAGAGUGUCGUUUUGAGAAAAGAAAACAAAACACUGGGAAAAUUCACACCAUUGACCCUCCCUAGGAUGGUCUUGGGAGAAGAGGAAUUAUCGGACUGAAAUGUGACAGUGCCAAUAUGGGUGAGAAACCCCAACACCCGGGUUCCUUCUGUUCUGCAACUGUUAAAGGCAUACGACUUCACUUUGGUUUUGGGCUUUAUUUGCCCUCUAACAUUUUCAUGUGUAUUCGGUGUGUACCUCACUUAAGACAAGAUUUCAGUUGUUUUUGCCUAUAAAAUGCGUUAUUUGCUAAUGAAAAGGAUUUUCCUUGGUAAAAACAAAGUACAUUUGUUGGGCUUCUAGAGAUCAUCAGUUUGAAACUUCCUGGAGACCUUAACUUGGAACGCAGUGGUGCACCGGUCAGUAUGUGGGCUACGUCUAUUUUAAUAUUCUCCAAGAUUGCUCCAUGUCCAAAAAUAAAGGCCCAAAUGGCAUUUUGACAGUUU